AUGCCUCAAUUGAGCACUCGUACUUGGCGUCUCCUGGGACUAGGUGUCGCAGCUGGUUACGGGUUUCUGGGUGUUUUCCAGGCCUGUUCACCCGUGCGGGCCUCGUCGGAGUUCUACGACAUUCCCAAACAUGUGAUCAACCCUCAGGUCGACGCCCACGAGCAAGUAGGCAUCCUGAUGAACCUUAUUGCGGCCCGUGAUGUGAGCAUCGCGGCCAUGCUCCUGAGCUUCGCCUACGCGGGCAAGACGAAAGAAAUGGGCACGGUGAUAUUGGCCGGAAUGAUUCUAUGUGCUGCGGACACUGUAGCUGUAUGGAAGAGACGCGGUGCGACUGCUGGCUCGACUAUUGCUGCUGGGGCUGCUGUCUGGGGUUUGAUUGGCCUGGGGCUGUACUUCAACUGA